AUGUCCACUGAACGCGUUAACUCGAGCGACUAUCCGAUAUUUCCCCAAGAGCAGGACCUGGCUCCGCAGCUACACGCACAGUCCGAGCACACUGAGCAGAGAUGGAGGAAGGCUCUGGAGGAGGGGAAUCAUGGCGGCCGAGAGGCGUUCACGGCCCACUCUGCAAAUAAGAAAACACAAAACUCUGAUCUGCGGUGUGGCGGAAACUUGGGGGCUCGUAGCGUACGUCAAAGAGCCUGGCAGACUGGAGUGCGCGGCAAAAGCAGGGGAAACAAACAAAAACAUGUGCGUGAGGAUGUGAAUAUACGGGGGAAGAUUACAAGACUCUUUGGGACACGUGACUGA